AUUAGUGCAUGGUGCAGCAGGAACAAGUGUCACAGCUUCCUUCUGUGGUUAGGAGCCAUCAGCUUGCUUCUCACACAUAAAAAUCAGUAUAUAGUGAAGCAUAUGGCACCAGUGAGUUCUGUGUUUAUUAAAGGACUAUGCCUCUGAACAUUCUGUGAAUUUUUUUCCUUAUUUCACUUGAUGUAGAUCUAAAAUGUUUUUCCUGUCUUUCAGGACUUGAAAUACUGAUCAAAUUCAUUUUUUAGUCAGAUGAAACCAAGACUUCUUAAGGUUCAUGAAAACGGUGAGGCUUCUGCUUGUAUCAGACUGGCCACCUGUCUGGUAUGAGGGAAUUAGAGAUCCAUCUAGACUGUGGAAACCUAAGACUCUUUUAGCAUCUGAUUUUUUUUCCAUUUGUUAAAGAAAAAUGCCUUCCUUGAGUGGAAAAGUGCAGACUGUCUUGGGCCCUGUGGAGCCAGACUGUCUUGGCUACACAUUGACUCAUGAACACUUGAUUAUGAACUACAGCAGCUGCUUUUGUCCACCUUCUCCAGGCCAAGAGCCUUUGUCUAAUGGGCCCAUUGAGAUGAAGAACUUGUUUUGGAUUAAGCAAAAUCCCUACAGCCAUAAAGAAAACCUUCUUUUGUAUCAGGAGACAGAUGCUGUGAGGGAGGAGCUGCUGCAUUUUAAAGCAGCAGGUGGUGGGACGAUUGUGGAAAACACAACUACAGGGAUUGGCCGGGAUAUGAAUACUUUGAAGAAACUUGCUGAAGAAACUGGAGUCCAUAUCAUUGCUGGUGCUGGGUUUUAUGUGGAUUCCACUCAUUCUUCUCAAACACAGGCCAUGACAGUGGAACAGCUGACAGAGAUUAUUGUUGAUGAGGUACUCAAAGGAGCAGAUGGGACUAAUAUCAAGUGUGGUGUGGUGGGAGAAAUAGGUUGCUCCUGGCCUUUGACUCCCAGUGAACACAGAGUGCUUCAGGCCACAGCACAGGCUCAGGCCCAGCUUGGGUGCCCUGUUAUCAUCCAUCCGGGCAGGAACAGCGACUCCCCUUUCCACAUCAUCCGCAUCCUGCAGGAGGCUGGGGCUGAUGCUUCAAAGACAGUCAUGUCUCACCUCGACAGGACCAUAUUUGAUAAAAAGAAACUUUUGGAAUUUGCUAAGCUUGGAUGUUACUUAGAGUACGACCUGUUUGGUACAGAGUUCCUUCACUACCAGUUCCAUCCAGAUAUUGACAUGCCCAGCGACAAUGAGAGAAUUGCAAGGAUUCGUACGCUGAUUGAAGAAGGCUAUGAAGACAGAAUUCUGAUGGCUCAUGAUGUGCACACCAAGAAUAGGUUGAUGAAAUAUGGAGGUCAUGGAUAUUCACAUAUCCUAAAAAAUAUAGUUCCUAAAAUGCUAAUUAGAGGCAUAUCUCAAGAUAAAAUUGAUAAAAUACUCCUAGCAAAUCCAAAGCGGUGGUUGACUUUUAAGUAGGAACAAUGAAUAAAUAUACCUGAUUUAUAAGGAAGCUUAAUAAAAUUCAGAUUUCAGUAGAGCAGUCAUUUAAAAAAAAUUUCUGAAAAACUAAAAAUUAAGUAGAUGCAAACAAACAAAUUGUAACUUUUUAAUUAGAACAUCAAAAUUGUCUACUGUCUCUACAUUUUCUCCCUUCCAAAAGUUUGCUCAUGAAUGAUUUACUGAAUAUGAGCCUACCUCUACAGAAUCUUUUCAAUUGAAAUUUUAAAAUAAUUGUUUGAAAAGCACAAUCUAAUACUGUUACUGAAUGUUACCUCCAAACUACUUCUGAAGAUGUGUCACCUGGAAGGAAAUUUCCUUGCAAGGAACUUACGGUUUUCAGUUAAAUUUCCUAUCUGCAGGGGCUGAUUUUAAUCCUUGUAAUACUAUCAAUCUUCUCAUUAUCCUCAUAUUCUUUGAGUAAUACUUGAUUGAAAGGUCUGGAAGAUUUAAUUAGCUUCCAUUGACAAGAGAAGGCAAGAGGAAUCUCAAAUCAAAAAAGAUAAGGUUUCUUUCUAGUUUAACAAUUUACUUAAUUGUAACUGAAAAUGUAAAAAAUACAUGGAAAAUAUAUUUUUGAAUAAAGCAUUUUGAUCACCUCUUAAAGUAUGUGCAGUAUUAUUACAGAUGUCUUUUUCUAAUUGCAUUAAUUUUUUAUCAUCAACUUGGAGUCUCACAGCAAUCAUGUAAAACUUGACACAUACCAGCUUCUUUUUGUAAGGAUGCA